AUGAAAUAUUUUUAUAACUUUAGUUAUUCUAAAUUAAUUGGAAGAUUCAAUUAUGAUGCUAUUAGUAAAUUUAUUGGCAAAUAAUAUAAGGGAUAAUCUAGUAAUAUCAGUGUAAACUUUAUUUAAAUUAUAGAAAAACUGUGAAGAGAUAUUUUUAAAAAGAAAAGAAGCGAAUUAAUAAUCUAGAUUGUCAGAUUUAGAUGAAGAAAUAAGAAAUUUUGGAAUAGGAAAAAUAAAAAAAGAGAGAAAUGGAAAAAGAAUUAAAAAAAGAAAAGAAAAAAAAAUAAAAAAUCCAGAGAUCAUCUAUGAUUUUAAUUAAAAAAUAAUAUUAAUUAAUAAUUUGUAUAAAUUAAAAAUGAUAUCAUUUUUUUUAUUUAUCUUCAAACUAUUUGAAUUUCUUAUUCAACCAAAUAUAAAAUUCUGA